UCCAGCUGGUCAGCCUGCUGCUGAUUGGAAUCGCGGCAUGGGGAAUUGGCUUUGGCCUCAUCUCUAGUUUCAGAGUUGUUGGAGUGGUAAUUGCCGUAGGAAUCUUCCUAUUCCUUAUUGCCUUAGUUGGAUUGAUUGGUGCAGUGAAACAUCAUCAAGUAUUGCUAUUCUUUUACAUGAUUAUUCUUUUGCUAGUCUUUAUUGUCCAGUUCUCUGUUUCCUGUGCCUGUUUGGCACUAAACAAGGAACAGCAGAGUCAACUUCUAGAGGUGGGAUGGAAUAACACCAACAGCGCAAGAACAGAUAUUGAGAGAAAUCUGAAUUGUUGUGGAUUUAGAGUUUUUGAUCUGAAUGAAACCUGCUCCUCUGAUUGUUUUAGAAGUCGCCAGUGUCAACCAUGUGCACCAAUAAUAGAAGAAUAUUCUGGGAUGGUGCUGAGAUUUGUUGGAGGUAUAGGACUCUUCUUCAGUUUCACAGAGAUUCUGGGAGUCUGGCUGACAUAUAGAUACAGGAACCAAAAGGAUCCCCGUGCAAACCCUAGUGCAUUUCUUUGAUAAGUUUAUAAAGGACUGAAUCUUCUCUCUGCACCCUCUACUUCAAAAUACUGAUUCUCCAUAGUUUGGUAUUUCUCCAUAAUAGGGAUUCUACAUGCACCCAAAAGAAAACUUUGUUUCCAUAAGAAAUUUGUAGUUUUCAUAUUUAAUUUCCCAUUAUUCUUCUUCUAAGAAUCUCUGUCUUGAAGUAGACUGGUACAUUCAGUAGCUGGGCAGAGUCGAACUGCUCUGAGCUGGUUAAAUAACUCUGUUAAGACUUUGGCAAUUGAUGUGGUGAAUCUGUAUACCGUGAGUUUUAUAGCACUACUGGCUUCUCUGGUGUCCAAAAAAACCCAGAAGUAUUUUCUGCUGUAUUCAUUGAUUACAAAAAUUCACAUGAUUUAUCAUUAAAAUGAUAAAAAUAUAUGGUGGUUGGUUGGACUGUAUGAUUUGAUAAGGCUUUAGGAUGAACUCUAGUCAACUUCUUUGUCUUAAUAAUGGUCUCCUUCUUGUCUGUUAAGGUGAAAACAGAAGCUAAAGAUGUUUUUUUCUGUAGUGCACAUAAGUGUAUGUUAAUGACUGCUGUAGUCUUCACUCCUCCCCCUCUCUGUUUGUUUUGGCUUUCUGGUAGCUUUAAAAUUUUGUUGAGAAUAAAAAUAAUUAUUUACUUUUUAAUGGAUAACUUCACUACAAGAACAAUGAAUGAAGAAAACCCGGAGAAUGUAAUCUGCAGCUUAUUAACUUGGAAUUUUUUUUUUCCCACUAGUGAAUUAAGUUUGGUAUUUGCUCAACAUCAGAAUCAAUAGUGGUCUGUCAUCUUUAAUGUAAGAAACUUGGUGUCUG